AUGAAGCAUCGUGUGGCCUUUCGUAAGCUUAACCGCACAUCAUCUCAUCGUCAAGCAAUGCUGCGUACAAUGGUCACGCAGCUCAUUGAACACGAGCGUAUACGUACAACAUUACCAAAGGCAAAGGAAUUGCGUCGUAUUGCUGAUCAGGUCGUGACUAUGGCCAAACAAGGCGAUGAACCUGCUCGCAAACGUGCUCAGAGCGUCCUGCGCACACCCGAAGCUAUUACCAAGCUUUUUGACGUUGUUGGGCCUCGAUAUGCAUUGCGUGAAGGCGGUUAUACACGUAUUCUUAAGGCAGAUUUCCGCAAAGGUGACGGCGCUGAAAUGGCUAUUAUUGAAUAUGUGGAUCGGCCUGGUGAGAUGCGCAAGGCCAAGCCACCGACAGGUAUCGAAGCCGCUCGUGCCGCUUUUGACGUUCAGGCUGAGACUAUGCAGUAA